AACACAACAGACUGAAUGAAUGAACGCGACACCGGAAAUGAACUCAAACGCACGGAGACAUAAAAGAAGAAGAAGAGAGAAACAACGUCUUACCUGGUCGGCGGUGUCUCUGAGAGGUGUCCCGGUCUGUGCUGUCACUCCGCACUGUAGGACCUUUCACCCACUUAUUCCCCCGGACCGGUCCGACUGCGACACCGCUGCACUCUGCCCAUUUCUGUGUCGUGCACAUAGGUUGACUCCCAGCGAUGAUGAAAUGUACCAGCGUACCUCGGUGUCCAUCAUGCAGAAGGGCAGCUGGCCAUUUAUCAACAGCUACAGUUCCUCAGGAUUCAACAUCAACGACAACAAGGUGUUUGGGCCCUGUGUUGUGCUGCCUCCUGCUAUCCUCCAGUGGAAAGUUGGCAGUUAUAAAGACAUCACAGAAGAAAGUGUCUCACUUUUCCACAUGCUUGAACCAAGAAUAGAGAUUAUUGUGCUGGGCACGGGUGCACGUAUUGAAAGAAUUGACCCCUCAGUCCUGGCUCUGCUCAAACGUAAAGGCAUCGCUGUGGAGGUGCUAGACACGCCAAAUGCAUGUGCAACAUUCAACAUCCUGUGCAGUGAGGGAAGGAUUGCGGCUGCUGGUCUGAUUCCUCCGGCCAUCAGCACGGCACUAGAGAUGAGACUGGAAUAAGUGGUGCCAUGUCCACGGAAACUAGGACUGAUUCCUGCAGAUGGAGGUUAAAGGUUUCUGAAUAAUCCCAGGCCUGUGAGAUGGUUGUUCAUCUUCACAAAGCUGAAUAAUCACUAUAUUUGGUCAACAUACAUUUUUUGGGAGACAAAGAUGUUGAAAGAAUCUGUCGUCACCUGGUGAUCUGAGCAGUGAGAAGGCUCAGAGACACUGGAAACAGUGUUCUUGUGUAGAAAUACUGUGUUAUGUGUAUGUCAUAUAUAUAAAAAAACUUUACAUGCAACAAA